AUGACUGGCCACCAGCCCAUCCCUGAAACCUGCGGAUGCCCUUUGAUCGGCGGUCAGAUGCUACAAGUGUUCACUUGCGAAGCUUGUGCCGGCAGUAUGCGCCAGUGGUGUGGAAGUUGUGUCGAUGGCAUGGUCUACAGACAGUGCCCUCACGGCGCACGUUCCACAUCGUCAUACCCAUUAAGCGGUGCCGCUCCUGGUGGCUCUGGAGGCAGUGGUGGAUUUAAUGAUGGGCGCGAUGGGAGAUGUGGUCAGCAUGGUGGCUGGGCACCAACAUCUCAUGGACACGGACGCGCCGCCUAG